AUGCUAUUUAACAGACAAGGACAUGCCUUUAUUGGAAAACGCUUUGAUAGCGACUCUUACUGGCAGAUGCCACAAGGAGGUGUUGAUGAUGAUGAGGAACUGGAACAAGCAGCAUUACGUGAGUUGCUAGAGGAAGUUGGUACUAAUAAAGUAAAGGUUAUAACUAAAAGUAAGGAUUGGAUAUACUACAACUUGCCUGAAGAAGUCAUACCAAAGUGCUGGAAUGGGAAAUAUUCUGGUCAAAAGCAAAGGAGGUUCUUAAUGAAAUUUUAUGGAGAGGAUAAGGAUGUUGAUAUUAAUUAUACUGAUCAUCCAGAGUUCAAAGAGUGGCGUUGGCAAAGUAUAGAUGAUUUAGUAGCCAAUGCUAUAUCAUUUAAAAAAGAAGUUUAUAAGACAGUGAUAGAAGAGUUUUCUUCUAUAAUAAAAGCCCCAACAAUAAGCUCAUGA